CGCUCGCGUCUCUUUCGCUCCUGCUUCGUCUCCCUCGAAGAGCUAAGUAUUCUCCUCUUCUUCUUCUUCUUCUUGGUUUUCUCCUUUCGUUUUUUUCUCCGUUUUCUCGUUUUCUUCCUUAGCGCGUCCUUCGUUAGGGUUUCGAUUCCGCUGUCGUGUCGAUCGCUUGUCCGAUUCGCGUUCUCGAUCGAUCGGAAUCCAGGUCUCGCGCGGGAUAAUCGGUUGCCGAUCGCUUGAUCGGGAGCUGCCGGUUCCUUUUCUUCCCGAUUCGGAUUUUCGAGGGAUUCUUCCAGGAUCCGCGCCAAUGUCCCUAGGGUUCUUCCCGUGGGAAAUCCACUUAUAGCGUCCUCCGUUUUAUGAGCUGCUCCAUCCUGAUGCGUCGCGUCCGCAUCCUCCAUUCCUUCUCCGUCGUGUUCCUCUACUGGUUCUACGUCUUUUCAUGAACUCGCCUUCCCCCCGCCCGUGAAUCUCCCCCCGCCCCAGGUCCCAGUGUUCGGGAAACGCCCCGGAACCUUGCGAAUUUUUGUAGAUACUAGUGGUUGAAGUCGGUCUUUUAGAACGCUUUUAAAGCGAUUGAAUUCGAGGAGAGAAGGAGGAUGGCUUCGUCGCAACCAACGAGCUCGGGAUCGGAAUGCAACCAGCGGCCAGUGGCUGUCGAUGAAAGGAAGAGGAAGAGGAUGGAGUCGAACCGCGAGUCCGCUAGGCGGUCGCGGAUGAGGAAGCAGAAGCAAGUCGGGGACUUGUUGGGCCAAGUGAGUGAGCUGCAAAAUGCCAACAGUCAGAUAGCGCAGGGUAUCAACGCCACCACUCAGAAGUAUGCGGAGAUCGAAAAUGCCAAUAAUGUACUGCGGGCGCAGCUGAUGGAAUUGACCGAUAGGCUGCGGUCCUUGAAUUCAGUGCUUCAGGUCGUGGAGGUGGUUAGCGGGCUCGCGAUCGAUAUACCCGAGAUACCUGAUCCGCUUAUGAACCCAUGGCAGCUGCCCUGCCCGAUGCAGCCAAUUACGGCAUCUGCCGACAUGUUGCAGCUGUGAGCAUCAGAUUGGAAGUGCAAAAGUUGGGGCUGAUUCUUUUGGAGUUCCCUUCUGGGGGGAUGGUAGAUCCAUAGCCAUUUGCUGCUUUUGUUUUUCUUGUCAAUUCCGUUCUCUUUCUUGAAGUUGGAACUCCAAUAUCUGUAUGCGUCUGUCUAGAUGGACUGGCGCUUUUAUGUCUGCUUGACAUUGUACUUGGCUGUUCUUGCUUGUUACUUAUGGGAUGUUCCUGUUCUUGAUGGUUUUCAACAAGUUUAUGCUUCUCUCUCUCCA